AUGUCCAGUAACGCAUCGAGCCGAGAAGAGCUACAGGAAGGUGAUUCGGUGUUGUUGCACAUGCCGCAGCCGAAGAAAGGCUUCACCUCCGAACAACAGCGACGCAGUGCAUCGAAUCCAGACAAUGGGGAGACCGAGGACCAAGAUGAAAGUGGCCCACUUGGAAAGACUUGCAACCUGAUAUGCAACCUGAUCGCGAAGCACAAGUCAUCGGAAGUAACAUUUCCUGUCACAAACGAGGAACAAUUGGCUAUAAAAGCUGGAUUCUAUACAAAGUUCGGAUUGAAAGGAGUUGUUGGUGCAAUCGACUGCACACAUGUGGCGCUGAUCUGUCCACCGAAGAAUGACCCAACAAAACCCUGCAGUCUCUAUAUGAACAGAAAGGGUUACUAUAGUGUUAAUGUUGAAGCAGUAUGUGAUGAUAAAUUAAGAUUUUUGGCCAUUAAUGCUAACUUUCCGGGAUCCUGCCAUGACUCAGGCUUAUGGACAACAUCGAAAGUGCGUUCAUUCAUGAGCACAUCAAGAGGGAGUUUGCUCCUUGGUGAUCAGGGAUAUCCAUUAGAGCCUUGGCUGAUUACUCCCUUGGCUGAAUCAGCGUCUUUGCAAGAGGAAAAGUUCAACAAAAUGCACUGCAAAGCACGCAAUGUUGUAGAAAGGGGAUUCGGCGUAGUUAAGUCACGUUUUCGAUGCAUUUCACAGCAUCGUACGUUGCAUUAUAGCCCAGAGGUUGUGACUAUAAUAGUAAACACUUGCUUUAUUUUACACAAUAUUAUGGUGAAAUUGUGGCCAAAUGAUGAAGUGGAGUUGGAAGAAGAAGAAAGUUGGGAACUAAUUACAGAAUCCUCGAAUGCAACUAGCAGUCACCUCCACCGAGAAGGUGAAAGAGUUCGCCGACAUUUAAUCAACCAUAUAGCGUAGUAUAUUACUUUUUAUUAAGAUAAUAUACAGUAACUCACACUCAAAUGAUAUAGUGAUAGUUUUACAAUUUUCGCAACGUUUUUCAUUCUGAAAUUUUUUCUUUGUUUUUUUUAAAAGGUAAAGCUUAUUAUCUAUCAAAUACCAUAUAAAUCUAAAUUACAUACUUUGUGCAAAAGCUAGAAACAGAACAGAAGUCUCAAAAAAAAUCAACCUUUUAUUCAGAAUGUUUAGAAAAUUUUUGAGUAUGCAUUUGCAUAGCCCAUUUAAUUGUAGUACAACAAAGUGCAAGUCUGAAGUUUCUAAAAUAUCUCUAAAAAUCAACCAAUGUUUUAGCAACUUGAAACUUGUACUUCAUUAUAUUAGAAUUAAAUGGGCUAUAAAACUGCAUACCCA